AUGGGAUCCUGUGCCAAGGUCCAUCACGCCGUCCCAGCCGAUGUAUGCCGUGACCAAAACAACAGGGGUGGACAAGAAGGCCACACUCCUAAAACGGCAUUAAACAGAGAGAAGGGUGCCGAGAGGGCUCUGAAGUUAUGGGUCAGCGGCACGAUGCACGACAACCCAGAAGCCCUUGGGCGACUCCUCAAUGUACAGGCCCGUACACAGAUCGCCAACGGAGUGGAGUUGCAAGUCCUACCCAUUGGAGACUCGAUCACCUUUGGUGUCCAAAGCACACACGGAAUUGGCUACCGUGGCGAGCUCCAUGACCUUUUAGUGCAACGAGGAAACAAAGUCAACUUCGUAGGUGGCCUGGCAACUGGAAGCAUGGCCGACAAUAGUCAUGAAGGACAUCGAGCCUUUGUCAUUGACCAGAUAUCGAAUUCCAGUACAGUCGGUCUCCACGCAGCGGCCAAUAUUGUCCUGUUGCAUGCAGGAACCAAAGACAUGAGAAACGAGGUGGAUCCUCUCAACGGCCCUAUGCGACUCAAGAGCCUAAUCGACAUCAUCUUUGAAAAUAGUCCCGAGGCUGUGGUGUUUGUGUGUCAAAUUAUUCCGGCGGGUCAUAAUAAGUACCGCGACGCACUCCCUCGGAUCGACACUUUCAAUGCUGCGAUUCCCGACUUGGUCUCUGGUUUUAGUUCGUCUGGGAAAAAAGUUGUCGUGGUACCCAUGAACAAAGCUGUUUCGACAAAAGACUUGGCGGACAACCUUUACCAGAACGAUAUCGGCUACAUCAAGAUGGCGAACGAGUAUUACGCUGCCAUAAAGGAAGCAGACGCAAGAGAUUGGAUAUCUGCACCAGUAUUUUUGGAUAUGAGCCUACAUAAGAUUCAGUGA